UCUUUAGGACUACAACAAGCAGGAUGUGUCUCUGUACAUACAGCGCGUUAUUACCUGUAAUACUCACUGUUUUAUUUCAGUAUGGCGUGUUUGGUCUUCAGGACGUCACUGCAGAUCUGUUCGGCGCGGAGAAUAAGGGCACAGUGGCGGCGUUUGGGGACUUUAACUCAGAUAAACAGACCGAUGUUUUCGUCAUCAGAGACGACUCUGAGCUGGUGAUUUUCUUGGCUGAUGUUAAAGUUCCAUAUUUCAAACCCAAAGUUCAUGUAAAGAAAGAUGCGUUUCCCAGCGGGGUCAGUGUGAUCAGCAGUGUGGUUCCAGCUGAUUAUGAUGGAGAUUCUCAGAUGGAUGUUCUGCUCACUGGUCACGCGUCAGCAGACCUGCUCCACACCAGCGUCUUUGUCUUCUGGGGAAACAACCAAACUCUGAAUCAGAGCUCCAGAGUCGACCUGAACAAGACGUUUAAGGAUCAACCUCUAGUUAUGGACUUUAACGGCGAUAUGGUUCCUGAUAUUUUCGGAGCGGUGGGCGACUCCACAGAGGUCUGCUAUCUCCGUGACAGGAAGCUGAAGUGCGAGAAAGCUCUCGGGUCGGACGUCCAGAUCCGAGUUCCCCACUCCAACGCUUUCAUCGACCUGAACAAGGACUUCACGGCUGAUUUGUUUCUCAGCACAGGAUCGAAUUCAGGAUACGGGUUUGAGACUUGGAUCAAUACGGAUGGAAACUUCACCAGGAACUACACGGCGAAGGCACCAGAGAACAUCAAACAAGUGGGCCAGUCUGCGUUCGUCGAUUUCGAUGGAGACGGCUCUCAGGAUCACCUCCUGCCUGUCUGCAUGGACGAAGCAUGUACGAAGAGCGCUAUUUACCUGGCAAAGCCUGGCCAACCUGAGUGGCUUCCGGUGCUGACAGAUUUCCAGAGUAAGGACUCACUGUGGGGUUUUGUUCCCCCUCCUGACGCACCCCAGCCAGGGGAGUUUCAUCCCUUCAUCACGUUACACCUGGGCGACUACAACCUGGACGGCUUCCCUGACGCUCUCGUCAUCCUGAAAAACACCAGCAACAGUGCUCAACAGCAGGCGUUUCUCCUGGAGAACGUGGCGUGUAAUAACGUGAGCUGUAAAGAAGCAGGACGCAUGUUCCGCAUACACUGGGACCAGUCGGACCUGAACGCCAUCCCCAAAGCCGCCGUUGCCACGUUCUUCGACAUCUAUGAGGAUGGAAUUUUGGACAUGAUCGUGCUGAGUCACACAGAGGGGAAGAAGGAGCUCACCAUCCACGCCCUGAAGAACAACUUUGAGGCUGACGCUUAUUUUGUCAAAGUGAUCGUACUCAGCGGGCUGUGCUCUAACGACUGUCCUGACAAAGUGAAGCCAUUCGGUGUGAAUCAGCCCGGUCCGUAUGUCAUGUACACGUCAGUGGACUCUAACGGCUACCUGAAGAACGCCUCUGCGGGUCAACUCAGUCAGUCAGCACAUCUGUCUCUCCAGCUCCCCUACACCGUCCUGGGCCUCGGCCGCAGUGCCAACUUCCUGGACCACCUUUUUGUUGGCAUUCCCCGACCCCCCGGGGUCAAGGACAUGAGGAAGCAGGAAUGGACUGCCAUCAUCCCCAACUCUCAGCUCAUAGUCAUUCCUUAUCCAAACAGUGACCCUCGCAGUUGGAGUGCUAAACUGUAUCUGACUCCCAGUAAUAUUGUGUUGCUGACGGCUGUGGCACUGAUCGGAGUAUGUGUUUUUAUCCUGAUAAUCAUCGGAGUGCUGCACUGGCAGGAGAAGAAAGCAGACGAUCGUGAGAAGAGACAAGAAGCUCAUCGCUUCCACUUUGACGCCAUGUGAGGAACCAGAGUGCAACAAGGGGAAAGAAAAGUCCGUCUUUAUUAUUCAUCUCACUGGAUCGUUUGUUUAUUUAUUAAUUUAUUCGAUGUUUUCCUCACCGGCGAUGAUUUUUAUCUGUUUUUUUUCCGAAUGUUAUUGAACAUGUUUGAUUUUGGGAAAUGUGUCUGUUCUUGUUCACUCGUGAUUUUUUUUUAUUUUUUUUUGAUGGACGAUUACUUGAACAUUACAGUACAGUACGUGCUUGUAGACGAAGCAAGCGGGGAGUAUCGAUUUUCACAAAAAAAGCAAAGGAAUGUUUCAGUGCCAUUUUAUUUGUCAUUUUGGCAUAAAGUGUUAUGUUAAAUGUAUUCUAUUUCUCUGACAUCGCAAAAGGGAAAAAACAUGUCUCUCUUGGACAAAAGAAAAAUCCCAGGAUCCAGUUAUGAGAGAUUAGUCUUUAUUUUUUUUCACAUUUGUUCAUUCCUAGCAAAUAAAUACAAAUAUAACAAUAUAAAUACCACAGUACGGUAUUUUUAUUCAUUGUAAACGUUACAAAAAACGUCGUAAACCAUUUUUAUUUUGUACUUUAUUUGGCUUUCUAUAAGUAUCUCUCUCCUUUACUCUUUGGCUGGUGAUCUACAGUCAGUUAAGAUUGUGUGUGUGUUGUUUGUUGUGUCGUUGUUGAUUCGUUUUGCACUCGGACUUGCUAAUGAUGUCAUCUUACAGUUUCAGUAUCAGGUUCUUACAUCAUUCGUACACGAUCAGCCCAAUAAAACAGCCGAUUUUAUAAAUCUACACAUCUAAUUGAAAUAUAAUCAUUUGAAACAAAAAUAAUUCGCUUUCAGACUUUGGGCAGUUGUUGUAUCAUUAGUGCUGUGAAAUGAAACUCGUAUAAGAACGAGGUUUAGUGGUUGAUAGAAAGGCAUAACUAGAACUUGCAUGUUUAUCUACAUUAGCCUCAAGGCUUCGAUGCAAUAUUUAGAUAACAAACAUAUUUUGAUUGCCAUAAUUAAGACUUUUCAUAUCAGAUUUGGCUCAAAUUUUCUUUUAAGGAUGUGAUUUUCUUUUGUCGGUUUCAUGCUCGGCAGUUAGGUCCGACCAGACAAGACGAGGUCCGACCAGACAAGACGAGGUCCGACCAGACAAGUGCAUUUAGUCAAGUGCAAAAUGACAAUAUGAAAGAAUUUCAUGCAGGUUAUUAACCAUCAUUCCCUCUGUUCCAAACAGACAUCCAUUUAGCCUCGACGUGUAGAUAAUAAAACACCACACGGUGCAUAAAUUCUGUUGGGGAAGCUGCAAUAGAAAUAGUUAGUCAUGAGAUACGGAUAUGAUUUUUCAGCGAGUGUGAAAGAUUCCUGUUAAUUGAUAAUAAAGUCCAAAAUAUCACAUCCUUAAAGCACACAGUCUUACUUUUAAUUCAGCUUUCACGUUACUGCCUUAUCGAAUUACCCUCUGUUCCCUUGGAGGUCGUUUAACACUGGUGGUGUUAUUUGUAUUGUUGGUGAUUUCUAACCGUAUAUUAUUUUUAUCUAUUCAUCUUGUGACUGGGUUUCAUCAUGCUGCAUUGGUCAAUACUUACAGAUUAAUAUUAUUGACUUUCUUUUUGCUAGUUUUUUUUUUGUUGUUGUUGUUCGUUUAUAUGUUUUUGUUGUUUAUUGUGGAGCCCUUGCAUUGUAAUUGAACUCUAAACAUUUCAGGUUCUUUCAUAGCUACAGUAUCGGUUAGUUUUGCGGUGUAUGAUUUAGAGCAAAUUGGGGGUUUUUUCGGCGUCACACUGCACACGAUUAAACAAAUCAAAAAGCAAAAAAAAAAAAAAAGUAAGUCUUAAAACACCUUCAUAGAAAUAUUUUAUUCACUCUAAAAAAAACAAAAAAAAAAAAACAGCCACCAAAUACAUAGAAAUCGUAGAACUUCAUAGAAUAUGUAGAACCCUGAGCUGGCACAGUGAUCAGCAGAUUAUAAUUAGAUAAUUAUAAAAAUGAAUACUUUACCCUGGUUUAUCAUUUCCAGAAGUUAUUUUCACUAUUUUGUUGCCAGGUGAUUUCAGCCACGCUACAGCUCUGUUCUUUAGACCAGUCUGGCCUCGUGGCUCAUUUUAGCAGCGCACACACGAAAAUAAUGUUGUGUUCUUACUUGCCUAAUGAACCGUAGCGAGGUUGGGAACACAUCAGGAUUCCAUUCAUACAGACUAAACACUACAUAUGUGGUACCCUUAGGGUGCUGUGCAGUGUUUAGUCCAUUAAAUGGUUUCCUGUGCAAACCCUGGAGCUGUAGUGUAGCAGAAAUCCCGUGUGUCGAGGAAAACAAUGAACAAAACAAGAAAAAUAAACAGCGGACUUGCAGAAGAUUUAAACUACUUAUCUGUAUAUUACUGUAUUUAGCAGAUUAUUGCACUUUGAUAGUUCCAUCUAAUGAAGAAACGUGUUUCAGGAGGACGUUGUGAUACGCAGUGUGACACCAAAUCAAACCAGGUAGCAAAAAUACCUUAAUGAUUUAUUUUCAAUCUGACUCUUAAACAUAUUAAUGAGUAGCAACGUGUUCUUUGUGGUUAAAGUGGUCUGUGGCAGCAUGAACGGUGUAACUAAAACUGGGUCUGUGGAGUCCAUGACACAUCUGUAACUUCUAAACUGUAUUCUAAUAAAAUACUUUAAAACUGGA